AUGCCUGACCUCCAUUCCUUGCCUGAGGGCACCAGACCCGCAAAUGCCAUCCGCAACAAUGGGCCCGACAAUCUUGUGCUAGAGCGAGCGAAGCUGCGUGAGCUAGCCGAAGGCUGGCCAUGCUAUCGGGAUGCCUGUGAAUGGGAGAACUUAGAAUCGAUCUUCCACCCAGGCGCCCAUGUAUAUACAACCUGGUCAGGCAGAGUCUUGUACACGGAUUUUAUUGCCGCGUCUAAGGCUGGCAUGGACAAGGGAGCUUUUAUCAUGCACCGUUGCCAUGGAGUUACCAGCGACGUUACGCCGGAUGCCACCCGAGCAGUCACCAAGAUGAAGGCAACCAUCACUCAGCGGUUCACCAUUGACGGGGCCGAAGUCGAUGCCGAGGCAGAUUGCAGAUUCUGCUUUUUUUUUGAGAAAAUCGAUGGCCGUUGGGGUGCGCGUUUUGUGAGGCACUGGUACGAGAAGGACAAGUUGAUCCCAGUCAAUCCUAACAAAGUCCCUCGGGUGGAUGAGGAAAAGCUCAAUUCGUAUCCUGAGGGGUACAAGUGUCUGGCUUAUUGCCAGGAGCUUACUAUGGGAGUGACAGUUUUGAAGGACAUGCCGGGUCACAGGCGACAUGUUGGUACGGCGUGUGGAGAGAAGCACGAUCUUUUGUAUAGACUGGCCAAGGAUUGGUUGGACGGGAAUGAUAUCGAGGUAUAA